GAGCUGUAGGCUACUGUGAGUGGUAGUACUUUUGACCUUGUGGUUGCAGAAGAAAGCCAAAUGUAUUUUUUGUGGUUGAUAAUUAUUCAAUUCCAACUCACGAGGGACUAUUAGGUUUUGGUGAGAUUAUUGUUUUCCUCCACAUUUUAAAUCAUGCGUUCAUUAACAGCACUGCAGGGGGUAAGUACGUUAAGACGUCCCAGUUGUCCUGAGAGAAAGAGAGAGGGAGAGAUAAAGAAAGAGAGAGAGAGAGAUAAAGAAAGAGAGAGAGAGAGAGAGGGGGGGGGGUUGUUCUAUAUGAGAUUCGCGCCAUUCAGAGAGACCUCUUGAGGCCAUGCCCCUGUGUUGCCAUGACCACGGUCCAAGGGGACCCGCGCUGCACCAAUGAGCAACACUCGACCGUGUUGGGCGACAACGACAGCGACACCGCCACACAGCCCUGGGGGAGCCGAAUAUUACACCUCUGUAGCUGCCACUACACCCAUCCUGCUUGGACAGGACAGGCGUAAGCCACUGCAGGAUUGUGCCGUCAUGGGAGUGACAAAGACGAGCUUUCAUGAUUUGUUGAAAUCGUCUUUUCAUUCGUCUGAGAAGCAUUAUUUGUGCGGAAAGAGCUGACUCAAGAUGCCAGCGACAUAAAUACGGAACUCAUCCUACAGGACAGGCUGAAGUCCAGAAACAAAGAGAGAUCACCAUGGAUACAGAUGUCUGGCGUUGCUAUGGAGUAGCAGAGAGCUUAAGGAAUGGAGACGACAUCUCUUCCUCCCUAGCUGCCAAAGGCUAUAGGAGUGUUCGACCCAACCUACAGAGGCCCUCACUCCUGAGUCAAAUGAGGUUGAACAGGACAGGAAAUGCUACAGGAAACUCCUUCAGUCACCAGCCUCUUCUGUCCUUCCCUUCCUCCCCCUCCCUCCCACAAGCCCUGUCCUCCCCUUCCUCCCCCUCCCUCCCUCAGGACCUGCCCCCCCCACCUGGCUCUAGCUUCUCAUCCAGCAGCUCACAACAGGAUGUGAGGUCAGAAGUCAGAGGUCACCGGGGUCAUGCCCCAAGCCUGGCCCCCUCAAGCCAAGCCCAUAACCACAGAAAACCAAUGGCAGCAGAGGAGGCCAGAACUCCUCCCACUCACUUCACUGGCAUAGGCCCUGUGGACCAAUCAGGCAUCCCCAUUGCUAUUCGAACGGCAGUGGAGCGGCCUAAAGACUGGUACAAGAGCAUGUUUAAACAGAUCCACAUGGCCCAUAAGGCAGAAGCUGAGCCUGAGUUACACAGUGCUGCAGACAACCCUGAUAAUCAUUCUCCAGAAGAACACCCCCCUCCAAGGAGUCAUGCCUACCAGCCAAUCACCAAGACUGCUUCCGAAAACGACACCACGCGCCCCCUCCGUCAAGCGAAUGCCUCUCCCUCCCCCACCCCUUCGCUCAGGUCGAUUGCGGGGCGUAGCAGGGCCAGUGAGCCGGAGAGAGACAUGAAGUGGAACGUCCCAGAGAGGAAGGUGGACACUCGGCGGUACCGUGCGGAGCCUCGCAGCAUUUUUGAUUACGAGCCCGGGAGGUCGUCCAUCUUGGAGCAAGAGAGACAGACUAGCCUUGCCCACCCAGUGAUAGCUGUUGAGGACGAGCCAUGGUUUACGUUCUUUGCAGAGCUGGAGUUUGGACGGCCGCCACCUAAAAAACGCCUGGAUUGUCAUCCAGAGAGCUCUCCUAGAGGCCACGCCCAGAAUUCUCUUCCACACAGCAAGGCAGACAGACCUACGGACAGGCCCUCAAGCUCCUCUACUGACUACAGGAAGAGGAGGAAGUCUGAGCCUACCUCGGCCUCCCCCCAGCCUGCUAGCAGCCUGACCACCAGUCACAGCUCAGCCAGCAGCCUCUCCUCCAAUCAGGGCCCUGACAACAGCCUGUUAUCCAAUCGGGGCCCGGCAUGGGUCCCCGACCCUUGCCUGAGUGUCGGCAUGAGCAGUCGACCCUCAGCGACAACCCCAUGUAGCCCCUCCCCUCUCAAAGCUGUGGUCAGCUCCUCCCCCACCUUACCCACCAGAGCAAGAGACCAGGACUUCAGUAGGAACCAAUCGUAUGUUGACAUUGGCCGCCAUGCAACUCCCGUCCAAUCGUAUGCUGACCUGGGUCGCACUGCCCCUCCCAGCAGGAAGCACAUCCCUGAUAUUCAGGAAAAACAGGCAGCCAGAGCAGUAUACAACUUCAAAGCUCAGACCGUCAAGGAGCUGGCUCUGAGGAAAGGGGAGAUUGUUUACAUCCUCAAGCAGAUUGAUAAUAACUGGUAUGAGGGAGAGAGCCAUGGACAGGUGGGGAUCUUCCCCAUCUCUUAUGUGGAGAAGAUACGUCCCUCUCAGAAGCCCGAGCCAAUCAGACCCCCGCCCCCGGUCCAGGCCAGAGAGCUGGGGCAGGCUGUGGCUCGCUACAACUUCACAGCUGACACCUCUGUCGAGCUGUCUCUGAAGAAGGGUGAGCCUGUGCUGCUGUUGAGACAGGUGGAUCAGAACUGGUUUGAGGGGAAACUUCCGGAGUCUGGACGCCAGGGCAUUUUCCCGGUCUCCUACGUGGACGUGACCCAGAAGUCCCACUACCCACAAUCCUCACUGCCACAGACUGUCCCCAACGACCGACUCCACCCCUUGGGCUCAGCUAAGCGCCCAGCCUUCACCCAGGAAGGACUGCAAUGUGGUGGAGAGCCGUUCCAGGUGCUGUAUAACUACGCCCCUCGCAACGAGGAUGAGCUGGAGCUGAGGGAGGGUGAGGUCGUCGAUGUCAUGGAGAGAUGUGACGACGGGUGGUUCGUAGGCACAUCCAGAAGAAGCAAGUUCUUUGGAACGUUUCCUGGGAACUAUGUCAAGAGGCUUUAAUCUGGUCUGACAGUGGUGAAGUUGUGCCAGGAUACGGUGGCUGAACUGGUCCAAACUGCUCAUUUUACACAGAAGAAUGACUUUGCAUGCGAACAGCUACAACUAGCCAUUCUCAUGUCAGACAGAUCCAGAGAUGGCCCUGCCAGACCAGUAGGCUCCUCCUUUUCUGAGGAAAUUACAUCAUCAUCCCCAUGGUGACCAGAAGGAAAAAUUGUUGUUUGAUUGAACAAUGAAGGGCUGUGAUUCUGAAGAUGGGAAUACUCCCAGUGAAGACUGCCUUGUACACUUAUAGAUCUCACAAUAACAAAGUAACCAAGUGCCCUAUUUACCAUAUAUUUAUUUUAUUCAUAUAUACAGUAUACAUAAUUCUUUAUGAUUAAUUUUUGCUAUUUUACACUAGGAAUGUACUUGAAUGUGUGGAGAGGGGCUGUCCUAUUUUGAUAGAACCAUCAGACAGUUCUAAAACCAGCUCUGGGCUCUAGCAACAUCUCACAGUUCAAGAACCAUCUGGAAGGUCUAGAACUGAGUUCUUUUCGAGAACACUCCAGCAGAUAGGUCUAGAUUGUGGUUGUGUCUGACUCUGUAGGCUGAGUAUUAUGGUAGUCAGCCUAGUGGACUCUCAUCCUUCAGCUGCUCUACACACAUUCCUACAGACUUAAUCAAGGAAAGAUGACAAUUUUCAGAUUUGCAGCGAUCUCUGUCCAGUGAGGGACCCACAGCUGCCCACUGCUGGCCAGGACACUGCAUGACAGCUCGUUAUCCAACACCAGGCCAGUCUGUGGACUAUUCUUAAGCAGAGCACUCCUGAGAUAAUAAUGUAGAGUCUACAUCUACAUUGUAGACUGUUCUUAGACUACCAUUCUAACACAUAUGGUAUAUAUGCUAAUGUAUGGUUUAUUAGAAGGUCCUGUACUUCAAGGAUGCUGUCAGGUGACUUGAGGUAUAGUUUACACUGACGUAAUUAUUGUAAAACGCUGAGUCCGGCGAAAGGAUUUCUCUUCUACUGAUGUGAUGUGUGACAGAUGUCCUUAAUAAUGAGUUUUGGGUCUUCCAGACAUCAAAUGAGUAUGCACAAAGAUGUUUGUUUGCCGAAUACUUCUCUACUUGUUGCAGCUGAGGUUAACCAAUGCCUCUUCUACUAUUAUGUGUUUUGUAUUUCUUUAAUGAUAAUAACCCGUUGUACAAAUUGUAUAAGCCAUCGUCAUUGAUUGUGCAUCAUCUGUUGGUCGGUCCAUUUCACUGUCUGUUUAUGUCCAAUAAACUGCCUGAUAUGUA